UCCUGUGCGCUUCAUCAAAACCCUCAGAAUGUGAAAGAUAUGCAAAUCAUCAGGGGAUAUCAUUUACUAGCUCUGUUUUUGCGUCCCAAAAUGACUCUGUUUGAUAUGCAGUCUUUGGAGAUCUUUUUUCAAAUUGCUGCAUGCGAAGCUUUGUUUUCAGAGCCAAAAAAGUUGGAGGCUGGACAGAGUAAUAUUAGUAUGCCACCUACAGAGACUAUAUUCGAGAACAGCUACGAGGAUCUUGGUCUUUCGAGAUUCCGGUACGAUAGUUCCUCAGUUGGGUCUCAUGGGGAUAUGGAUGACUUUUCUGUUCCCAAGGAUUCAUUUAGCCAUCUCUCUGAGCUAGAAACAGAUAUGCCUGUUGAAACUUCAAACUGCAUUGUCUUAUCCAACGCCGAUAUGGUUGAACAUGUCCUCCUGGACUGGACCCUUUGGGUAACAUCCCCUGUUUCCAUCCAGAUUGCUUUACUUGGUUUCCUGGAAAAUUUGGUUUCAAUGCAUUGGUACAGGAAUCACAAUCUUACGAUUCUGCGCAGAAUCAAUCUGGUAGAACAUUUGUUAGUGACACUUCAGAGAGGUGAUGUGGAAGUUCCGGUCCUAGAGAAGUUAGUU